CUGGGACGUGUUCUACUGGUUCGAGUUCGCGAACCUGUUCGUGGUGACGUUCCUGGAGCUGAUCAAGAUGGCGGAGACGGCGGGCGGCGGCUCCUUCCAGGACGCCGUCGACAUCUUCCGCAUGAUGCCCUGCGUCGGGUACCUGCUUAUGGCCAUGUCGAAAUCCUACAAGAUGGUGGUGCACCGGCCCGUGUACGAGAACUUGGUAUCCGAGCUGCGGUCCAUGUGGCCCCGCGGACCUGUGUCCAAGGAGGAGCAUGAAAUCAUCAGCGGCGCGUUGAGGACUCUGAACUAUGUCGUGCAAGGCUACUACUGGUGCAACAACGCCCUCCUAGUGAUCUUUCUGUCGCCCCCGUUCGUGGAGAUAGGACGCCGUCUGGCCGGCCUCGAGGUGCCGCUCAUACUACCCUUCUUCUACUGGUUCCCCUUCGACCCCUUCCAGAAGGGGUACUACGAGGUGGUACUGGCCUUCCAGACGUGGCAUGGUCUAAUAACCAUCUGGUUCAUGCUAUGCGGCGACCUGCUGUUCUGCGUGUUCCUGAGCCACGUGACGACCCAGUUUGACCUGGUGGCCGCGCGCGCGCGCCGCCUCGUCUACGUGCCCGCUGACCGGCAGAUGCCUGGGGAGUAUCCACUUGGUGUGUACAGCUCGGCCUACUUGCUGCAAGACAAGGCGAGCGUGGAGUCGUUCAGCUACCAGGACUGGGAGACCAGACAUCAGAAGGAGCUUACAGAGAUCGUGCAGAGACACCACGCUUUGAUCAGGUUGGCAGGCGACGUGGAGCGCAUGUUCAGUUUCGCCCUUCUCGUCAACUUCUUCAACAGCUCCAUCAUACUCUGCUUCUGUGGCUUUUGCUGUGUGAUUGUGGAGAAAUGGAAUGAGAUGAUCUACAAGUCCUUCCUGACGACUGCUCUCUCACAGACUUGGUUGUUCUGCUGGUAUGGGCAACGCUUGUUAGAAUCUAGUGAGGGUAUUUCCGAUUCUCUGUACAAGAGUGGAUGGUAUCUAGCGGCAAAGAAGAUAAAGAGUUCCAUUUACAUCAUGAUUCACAGAUCCCAAAAAGAAGUCCAUGUCACGACUUACGGGUUUUCUGUAAUAUGCCUAGCAAGUUACACCACGAUCAUAAAAUCUGCGUGGUCUUAUUUUACACUACUGCUGAAUGUGUAUAAAAAAUAGUUAACUAAGUCGUAG